CCAGCAACCCGCAUUGUCGGGUUCGCAGCGGCUGUGCCAACUGGAACAGCAUCUAACGUGGCAGAAGCUGAUUUGAAUAUCACAAGCCUCUGGGAAACAGCACAAUGUGACCAGAAUUCUAUUGACGAUGCUACUGUCGCUUUCAUUGAUCGAUGGUAUGCGUCAGGCGUUCCAGGGGCCUGGGAUACUAUGAUUGGCGAGUGGAAGGCUGAAGCUAAGAAUGGCAUGUAUCGCAACCUCGGAUUUCCGGAAUUCGUCAGUUACUACUUCCACGGUCCAGAGCAGUGGAACUGUAAAGAUGUUGGUAGCGUCCCAUGCUCUUCUGUUGUCCAGUGCAAGGACGUCGAUCACCCAGCAGGUGCACUCAAUACAGCGAUGAUUGGUAUACAGAGCAAGAUAGGUGAAUUCUCUAGUAUAUUUGCUCCGCAAAGUGAUGACACCGCAAUGAUCCUGGCGAUUUUUGACGGCUUGACAAUGUUGAUGGGCUUUUCAGUUUCAGCAUCCUUCAGUGUUGUUCGAAAGGAUGUCUCAGAAAUAGCCGAGGGUGCCAGCACUGCCCGUGUCUCGAUUCCAAGGAAUCGCGAGGCUGGAACAGAGGGCCCUGUUCCUCGUCCUGAGAUUCAGGAGUAUCCAUUGAAGACGUUCGAGAAGACGAAAGAGGCGUUGAAUGGAGAACGGUAUAAAUUCGAUGGUAGAGCGUAUGCUAACGACAUGUCAUACCAGCUUUAUGGCAUGACGGCGGCCUGGACAAGAAAUAAUGCUCCUACUAAAAAUGACCCACUUGAAGCUCAGAACUCACUGAGCUCCGCUCUUGGCGACAUAUUUGCGUCUUGGAAGGAUCUCGAGGCCUCCUAUCUAAAAAACAUAUUUUCGGGUGAUGAUUCAUCUCUGGGCAACCUUGCAUUCCUCAUUGAGGAUGGGAAAAUGAACUUCUUGCCAAACAAGCUCGACCAGGACUUAAUGGCAGCGGAGCUGCAGGCUGUCCUCUAUGGUCAACUGAUGCCUAUUGCGUGGAAGACUGCCUCUGAUAACAUCGGUGCUUUCCCGAGAAUUGUGACAACAGAUUUCCCUUGUGACAAUAAGGCCGCUAAGAUCCCUGAGAUCAGCGAUUAUGAUAUCAUGACCGACGAGGACUCUGUCAACACACGCGCGUGCUGGAGGGACAAGCUGGUUUUCCUUGUGAAUAUUAAUGAGUGGGAAAUCAAAAAGCAAAUCAACUUUACACCAUUACCCGGUACCGUUCACAAAACCCUCUCCGGCGAUAAAUGGGGAGGCAUCACAAUUGAUGACAUUGUUGCAAGUGCAAUGACCGGAUAUGAGAAUGCUGGCUACGUCAACGGCUACAAGUCACCGACGUCAGAAGAUCUUGAGAAAGAUGAGAAUGCUGAUCAAUAUGGGAAACGAGUCCGUUAUCCUGGUUUCUUCAAUAUCCCUGUAUGUGAGGGCCUGGAGAAGACCAAACAGGCUAUCAGGAAGGAGUACCACUCAAACUCUCCAUUCUGGCCUUGCGACGUGCCUGAGGGCUUCAACAGCAAAGGAACUACCAUUCAUGUGAAUAAGGGAUGGAUUACCGCUAAUGAAAAUACGGCUGUCUGCGAUACGUUCACGGUUGAUGACCCAGGAAAUGGCGAUACGCUCAGUGCAACCUUGUAUGGACUAUUUGAUGCAGGCAACACUUCCGAGCCUAAGGUCAAGCCGAGUUGCAAGAUUACGUUCUCCUGGCCAAAGUCGUGGGUUGAUAUCUAUUAUGGAGAGGACAACUGCAUGUACAACGGUGAUUCCGAAGCAAUCACGGAUGCAGAUGGCAACCCCGUGUGUUGCACCGAGGACCAAAAUCUCACUGAGAAGGUGACUAACCCAUACGUGACUGGAGGCACGUGUCAGCCGCACUGA